AAAUAUAUUUAUUUAAUAAGCUUUGCCAAAGUUUAUGCUUAUUAGUGUUUCUUGUCCUAUGAAAGUAAAUACAUGUCAACUAUUUUUCCUACCUGUCUAAGACUAUCUCCAAUCUUGCACCAUUUUUUGCACUAAAUGCUAUUUUUUUACAAAAAAUAAUGUUUUGGAGCUCCAACCUUACAUCAUUUUUUGCAUCAAAUGCUAUUCAUUAAUAAUUUAUUAUUAUAUAACACUUUUAAUUUAACAUAUUAUAAAUUUUAAUUUUUACAUUUAGAUUCCUAAUAUACCUAUUCAUCUACACCAUUAGUAUUCAUUAAUAUUUUAUUAUUAUUUUUUUUAUUAUAUAACACUUUUAAUUUAACAUAUUAUAAAUUUUAAUUUAUAAUUUAUUAUAAGUAGAAAAUUGUACUAUAUUGAGUGAAAGUCACGCCCCUCAAGUUUCUAAUGUAGUUCGUCACUCUAACAAUUUAGAUAGAAUCACAAGUUACAAGCAAUCACUUUUUUUUUUUGGGUUUAAAUCGGCGAUAACAGAGCAACGUACAAUUUUCCGGCGAAAAGUCGCCGGAAUCUGAGAUCGCUUGAUGAAUAACAUGAAGAACAGAGGAAAAAAGAAGAGCUCGAAAAUCGGAAAAUCAGAGCAUACUGAAUCCCAGGAAAUGAAGGAGAAGAAGUUGAAGCGUAGUAGAUUGAUGAGGUUUGAAGAAUUACCUGUGUAUCUUCAAGAUAAUGAGUUUAUUAGAGAUUAUUAUCGGUGUGAAUGGCCUCUUAAGGAUAUUGCUCUUAGCAUCUUCUCUUGGCACAAUGAGACUCUUAAUAUUUGGACGCAUUUGGGAGGUUUUUUAAUAUUCAUCACGCUGAUGAUAAUGAGCUUGACGGAGAAGACAGCAAUGGAUACUCUGCUUUCUGGUUUCUCCAGACCGGCGGGUGAGGGACGGUGGAUGUCGAUGAAGAAAAAUGGGACAGCUGAUUAUUUUCCGGAUUCUUAUACAAGUCAGAUCUCAAACCCCUCAUUUCUAGGUGCAUAUGGAGAUGGUUAUGAAGUUGCCAUAUGGCCUUGGUUUGUUUUCUUAGGAGGGGCUAUGAUCUGUUUAGUCUUCAGCUCUGUCUCUCACCUUUUCGCUUGCCACUCGCAUAAAUUUACCCUCUUCUUCUGGCGUCUUGAUUACUCUGGGAUUUCUAUCAUGAUCAUCUGCUCUUUCUUCGCUCCCAUAUAUUACACUUUCUGCUGUCAACCGUGCUGGCGUUUCUUUUACCUAACAUCCAUUACUAUAGUCGGUAUCCUUGUCAUUAUCACACUUUUCGCCCCGGCUCUCACCUCUGGUAAAUUCAGAUCAUUCAGGGCUGCUUUGUUUCUUGCUAUGGGUUUCUCAGGUGUGAUUCCAGCAGCCCAUGCUGUUUCCCUUUACUUUCAUCAUCCACAGGUACUGGUGGCUCUAGCCUACGAGAUCGCCAUGGGACUUUUGUAUGCUGCUGGAGCAGUGUUCUACGUUACAAGGUUUCCAGAGAGAUGGAAACCUGGUGCGUUUGACCUUGUAGGACAGAGCCAUCAAAUCUUCCAUGUACUCGUUGUUGCAGCAGCCUUCGCGCAUAGUGUAGCAACUCUUGUUAUUAUGGACUGGCGUCGAGGAUUGCCACCGUGCAAUGCAGGUAUUCUUGGAUAGAAAAUACAUCUCAAAUGACAUUGCCAACUCAGGAACUUCAUUACUCUAGCUCCUAGCACGAACAUGAAUUAGAAAGAUAUCACUAUGUUGAUUACCAAUUAGAUGCUUCACCAUUUCUAUUAGGAGUAGUUUACGUGCACGGUGCAUCAAUAUAAUAACAUUGAUAAUUCUCAUACUGUAGUCUUUGUAUCUUACUAAAACAUAUAUGUCCGUUGUGCCAUGGAUUCUUAUGAGUAUAUACGUGAUAUUGUGAUGCCUAUUUUGAAAGA